UACAGAGUCAAGUUACAGUAGGGUGCCCUUCACUCAUAUAGUGUGGUGUGUGUACAUCAUGGUGAUCUAGUAACCCCGGACCUGGGUGGAACUGGAGACCACUCUUGUAAGCGAAGGAGGCGAGAAUGGAAACGCGACCACCACGUGUCCUGGCCUCUGAGUCGGCACUAACCGAUCACCACGCACGCGCACUGUGGAAGGAAAACUCCGCGCAAGCGCGGCAGGUGGAACGCGGGAGCGAGCGGGGUCUGUCCGCGUGGGGCGUCGCUAACCUCAGGUGCGCUCUACGCGACAGCACGCCGGCCCCUCCUCGGUCUCCGGGGCUGAGAUUUUUCUCUCCAUUUGGAAGCGUCCCCUGUUCUGUCAGUGCCUUUUGUAACGUGUCCAUGGUGGGAAAUUAAUGCGUAAAGGUUUCAAAACAAUUUUACUAAACUCAGUGUCGAAAGGCAAAGGAAGGCCUUGCAAACGGCGUUUUGAGGAAGGAAGACGAGGUCGAGCACGCGUCCACAGAGGAGCGACAGCGGCCUGGAGGGGCAGCCUCGGGGAGGAAACUUCGCUCCGAUCCGCGGAGCGGCUCUCAAGCAGCUGGCUGGAUGUCCGUCAUAUUGAAAAAUAUGUAGAUCAAGGUAGAAGUGGGACAAGAGAAUUGCUGUGGUCCUGGGCACAGAAAAACAAGACCCUCGGUGACCUUCUGCAGGUCCUCCAGGAGAUGGGGCAUCACCGAGCCAUCCAUUUAAUUACAAACUACGGAGCAGUCGUGAAUCCUAUGGGGCAAAGUCAUCAGAAAGAUGGAUUCCCAAACUUUGCAAACCUGCCAUCCAAGGGAACAGCCAGCGUCACAGAAGAUAAUGUUCCUAUUCCUGAACAUAGUGAGAAAGGAAUAUUGCGGAAAUCCUCCAUCAGCUUUCAACACAUUGUAGAAGGAACCAGAAAUUUCCACAGAGACUUUCUAAUUGGAGAAGGGGAGAUUUUUGAUGUAUACAGAGUGGAAAUUCAAAACAGAACAUAUGCCAUUAAAUUAUUUAAACAGGAGAAAAACGUGCAGUGCAAGAAACAUUGGAAGAGAUUUUUAUCUGAGUUGGAAGUUUUACUGCUGUUUCAUCAUCCAAACAUCCUAGAGUUGGCUGCAUACUUCACGGAGACCGAGCGGUUCUGUCUGGUUUAUCCAUAUAUGAGAAAUGGGACGCUGUGUGAUAGAUUGCAGUGUGUGGGUAACACGGCCCCACUGUCUUGGCCCCUUCGAACCAGCAUAUUAAUAGGCACGUCCAGAGCUAUUCAUUACUUGCACAGUGCCCAGCCAGCGGUCGUCUGCAGCAGCAUAUCCAGUGCAAACAUACUUCUGGAUGAUCAAUUUCAAGCCAAAUUAACCAACUUUGCCACGGCACACUUCCGACCCCAGCCGGAACAUCAGAAUUCUACCAUGAGCACGGCCAGCAGUAGCAGCAGACAUCUGUGGUACCUCCCUGAAGAGUGUGUCAGACGAGGGAGACUUUCCAUCAAGACAGAUGUCUACAGCUUUGGAAUCGUAAUAAUGGAAGUUCUAACGGGAUGCCGAGUGGUGUUAGACGAACCCAAACAUGUCCAGCUGCGGGAUCUCAUCAUGCAGCUGAUGGAGAAGAGAGGCCUCCAAGCAUGUCUCUCAUUUUUGGAUAAGAAGGUACCUCCCUGUCCUCGGAAUUUCUCUGCCAAGCUGUUCUGUCUGGCAGGCCAGUGUGCUGCGGCGAGGGCCAAGUCAAGGCCGUCGAUGGAUGACGUCCUGAACACUCUGGAGAGUGCCCAAGCUGGCCUGUACUUUGCCGAAGACCCCCCCACAUCCCUGAAGUCCUUCCGCUGCCCUUCUCCUGUGUUUCUGGAGGAUGUGCCGAGUAUUCCAGUGGAAGACGAUGAAAACCAGAAUAACCUCUCACUGCCUCAGGACAAAGCUUUGAGGAAGGACAGAAGGACUCAGAAGACACCUUUUGAGUGCAGCCAAUCUGAGGUCACAUUUCUGGGCUUGGGUGGGAAGGCGGGAGGCCCGGCAGCCACAGAGCCUGGCUGUGAGCCUAGCUCACCUGGCGAAGACAGCUGGUUCCCGAAGCACGUGGUUCCAUCACAGGGGGUCGGGGCCUGCGUGGUGGCUGUGGGCCCCUCCUCAGAAGCCCCAGACCUUUCUCACAGGAGCAGGCCAGUGGAGACCACCUGCUCCUCCGCAUUCUCUUGGAAUGAAUACGAACAGCACAAAAAUGAAUAAAGGUCCCUAGAAGGUGACAGAAGUGAUGUUUGCCGAGGCCCCUGCGUGUGGGCUGGCCUUGGGCGGACUUCUCUCCUCUUCUCUCACCUAAGUGGUGCUGAGAGAAUGGUCAGUGGAGAGCAUGGAAGGUGCAGAGCAGCGAUGGAGACCAUUCUGUUCUUCCCAGCCCCAACCAGAGGGGCUUAGAAGUUUAUUUAAUUGGGGCCAGGACUGAUGGCUGACACCUGUAAUCCUAGCACACUGGGAGGCCGAGGCAAGAGGAUCACUUGAGGCCAGGAGCUUGAGGUUGCUGUGAGCUGUGGUGACACCUUGGCACUGUAUCCAGGGUGACAGAGCAAGACUCUGUCCCCCAAAAAGUUAUUUCAUCAGAAUAAUGGCCUCAUGAUCAAACCUAAGCUGAACUAGAGCCCUUCAGAGUCACUCACAAUCACAGGUCUGACUCAGCUGAAUAAAACCACCAAAACUGCCACCCGGGCCUGGGUCUGUCUGCCCAGCAUCUCCAGCCCGAGUCUCCUCCACCCGGGCCUGGCUCUAUCUCCCAGGAUUUCCAACCCGAGUCUCCUCCACCCGGGCCUGGGUCUGUCUGCCCGGUAUCUCCAGCCCGAGUCUCCUCCACCCGGGCCUGGGUCUGUCCCCCGGCAUCUCCAGCCCGAGUCUCCUCCACCCGGGCCUGGGUCUGUCUCCCGGCAUCUCCAGCCCAAGUCCCCUCCACCCGGGCCUGUGUCUGUUCCCCAGCAUCUCCAGCUCGAGUCUCCUCCACCCGGGCCUGGGUCUGUCCCCUGGCAUCUCCAGCCCAAGUCUUCUCCACCUGGGCCUGGGUCUGUUCCCCGGCAUCUCCAGCCCGAGUCGCCUCUGCUGAGAACAUCCCAUUGAUCCCACCGUUUCCUUUAGCUUGUUUUCAGGGAAGUAGGAUGUGUCUAAUUGUAAAUGUUAAUGGAAACCUUUCAAAGAACCAUGUUUUUCUGCUCUUCUGUUCACCCCUGUCCAGCCUGCAUGUCUGAAAACGAGCCAGGUUUGCCCUGGCCACAGCCUACUCUGUGUAGAUCUGCAUUUCUGGUAAAAUUCUCAGGACAGUUUAUCACAUGUACUCCCUAUAAUGUAGUUGUUGAUAUUACAGGGGGGUUUUUUUGUGUGUUUUUUUGUUGUUGUUAUUUUUAUUUAUUUAUUUUUUUUUUACAAACUUAAAGACCUAUUAUAUCCUGAAUAGAGCGAACUUUUGGUCAAGUAGUUUUGCUUCUGAGAAUGCAGCUGUUCACAGGGCCUGGGUCGGCAUUGUGCCGGGUUCCAUCCCUCCUGACCGUCCCUGUCUCCUGUGGUUCCUGCAUCUUCCCCUUUUGAAGCCCAGUCACCAGGGCUCAUCCUUCAGGAAGUUUCCCUCAUCUUUGCAGCUGAAAGUACUCGCUUUACCCAGCAUUUCCACAGCAAGUUCUUUGUGUUUAUGUUUUGUACUUUCACUUUCUGAGUUAAAUCAAAGUUGGUUGUGUUGUCCUGUCUCUGUUAGGCAGAUUAUAAACUCCCUAAUCAAAGUGGGUUGUGUCGGGUGGCACCUAUGGCUCAGCGGGUAGGACACCGGCCCCAUAUACUGAGGGUGGCGGGUUCGAAUCCAGCCCCAGCCAAACUGCAACAAAAAAUAGCCGGGCAUUGUGGCAGGCGCCUGUAGUCCCAGCUACUUGGGGAGGAUGAAGCAAGAGAAUCACCUAAGCCCAGGAGGUUGCUAUGAGCUAUGAUGCCAGGGUACUCUACCGAGAACAACAUAGUGAGACUGUCUUAAGAAAAAAAAAAAAAGUUGGUCGUGUCGUCUUGUCUCUAUUAGGCAGAUUAUAAACUCCCUAUGUUUUCUGGGGUUUUUUUUUUUUUUUUUUUGGCUGGGGCUGGGUUUGAACCUGCCAUCUCCGGUACAUGGGGCUGGUGCUCUACUCUUUGAGCCACAGGCGCUGCCCGUUUUCUGUUGUUGCCAGAACAAAUUACCACAAAUUUGGUGGCUUAAAGCUACAUAUAAAUUAAUUAUUUUACAGUUUUGGGGGUCAGAGGUCCUCGGCACUUCUCCCGGAGGCUCUUGGGGAGGAUUUGUUGCCUUUUCUAGCAGUGUAGCCGGUUGAAAUCUCUCUCCCUCUCUCCCUCCCUCCUUCUCUUACUCUGGCUCUCCUGCCUUUCUCUUAUAAAGACCCUGUCCUCACUCAGAUAAUCCAGGAAAAUGUCUGCAUCUUAAGGUCUUUAAUUUAGUUAUACCUGCAAAGUCCCUUGUCUCAUGCAAAGUCCUCACAGGUUUCUGGGAUGAGAACCUGGACCAUUAUUCACUGUGUCACAAUCCCUGGGAUUGAAGGACCCAUCUCUUCAGGGCCUGGUCUGGCAGCCUGCACAAAGCAAGUGUUUCCUUAUAAAUUGAGUUGAGUUAAAUUAUCUCCAUGAACACACAUAACCAAAACUUCAGCUGUAGUAAGCACUGCUGAGUAUAACAGAGGGAAUAGAGUGACUCUGUGAUGAGGAACAGAAGCCCUGAAGGAAAUCAUUUCCCGAAGUCUCUGGACAGGUUUCAGUGCACUGGGCACAGGCCCAGGCCUUUUAUUUAUUUACGUAUUUUUUUGUGUGUGUGUGUGUGGUUUUUGGCUGGGGCUAGGUUUGAACCCGCCACCUCCAGCAUAUGGGACCGGCGCCCUACUCCUUGAGCCACAGGCGCCGCCCUAUUUACAUAUUUUUUUAAAUGUUCUGGGUGAGUCAGGAUAGUCGGGCUAGUCGCAGUCAGAAUGAAGUCCAGGCCAGUAGUCAAAGAAGGAAGUCCUCAGGAAUCAGGCAGCGUCAGGGGACAUGCCAAGGUCAGAGACAUGGCGUUAAAAUUCUCCAGAAAAAGCCCUGCCGUAAGGGUGGUCUGAUGGACAGACCUCAGACAGCCCCACGUUCGUGGCUGGGAGAGCCCAGGCCCAUGGGCACCAGAGCUGCCACCCCCACUUGAUUGUCACACAUGUGGUUACGCAUGUGCUCACAAGGCUUCCGCACAGCCCGUGUGUUAAGAUUGGUUGUCUUGUGAGCCACCCUAGUCUGGCAACUCCUGGUCACGUGGAGUGAGAGAAGCAGCAGGCCUUGGGUGUUCAGUGAGAGCCGUUCUGGAGCUGACUGAGCUUGUCUUAGAGAUGUGACCUGACAGUGUAUCCACUGAAUUUGGGGAAAUUCUCCAGGAAUCUUGAUAAGUUUCCACUAAUAAUUCAAAAGGGAGAUCGUAAGAACUGACUAUGUUAAACUGAUUUUCUCUAUGAGCAGGCCCUUCAGAGAGGUCCUGGAGGGCCGUGAUUUGCACCAGGCCCACGGCCACCACACCAGGUGAUGCUGGUGUCAUGGGUGGGAUGUGCUCAGCUGGCUGGGAGCAGGGCUCCUCCACUGUGGUGCACACCAGAGUGAUCCAUAAGGCUUAAAAACAGGUUGCUGGCCCCACCCAGCUUCUGACGUGGUAGAUCUAGGGCUAGACAAAGGCUUCCUAUGAAGUUUCUAGGCGCUGCCCGCCAGAACCACAGCCUGAGGGUGCUCUGAGGCUGCUGUGUGCUGGGAGACCCUAUCUUUCUUCCUGGGCUGUGUGUCUAUUGAAAACAGAUAUUGCCAAGGAUAUUGGUUAGCACAGAGGAGCUCCAGAGACUUUGUGGACCAGUGACUUCAUUGACCAGGCCACCUUCAUAGGGGUGACCCUUGGAGGGCUUCAGGACAUAGCAGAUUAGCUGGCAGCCACCCAACUGAUGAGUGAGCAGACGCCAUGGUGGUGGGAAAGUGCUGAAAUCCUCUGUCGACUGAUCCAGUCCUGUUCACUAGAUUUGCCUCCUAGUGGGCUAAUAAAUGUUAAUUGGUAGGAAUUAACCAUGCAUCCUAUUAUGGGUGAUAUGAGGAUGCUCUUACAGUUUCAUGAUGUGGAGACUGAGACACGUGGAGAAACCAAGAACGAGCCUGUGAAUGCUCCCUCUGAUCACAGACACAGCUCAUGAAGACCCCUAGUCUCCAUCCUGCAAAUGCUCCCUCUGAUCACAGACAGAGCUAGUGAAGACCCUGGUCUCCUGCAAAUGCUCCCUCUGAUCACAGACACAGCUCGUGAAGACCCCUAGUCUCCAUCCUGCAAAUGCUCCCUCUGAUCACAGACAGAGCUCGUGAAGACCCUGGUCUCCUGCGAAUGCUCCCUCUGAUCACAGACAGACCUCGUGAAGACCCUGGUCUCCUGCAAAUGCUCCCUCUGAUCACAGACACAGCUCAUGAAGACCCUGGUCUGCAAAUGCUCCCUCUGAUCACAGACACAGCUCAUGAAGACCCCUACUCUCCAUCCUGCAAAUGCUCCCUCUGAUCACAGAAAGAGCUCAUGAAGACCCCUAGGCUCUAUCCUGUGAGGCAUGGGGCAGCCUCCAGGAAAGUGCUAGUGUCCCUGCCUUGUAGGGCCUUUGUCCCUUUUCACAACACCCCAAAAUGUGCAGAAAUACUCUGUUGUUGCCAUACGUGUGGGACUUCUGACAUGAUGAAUUUUACUGACUUCUUGAGAACUGUGCUGACCUGUGCCCCUCUGCCUAGCGGUGUAAUUUAUGGGCAGCAGUUCAGCCUGUGUAGGGCAAUGUUCACACCUUGAUGUCUGAGAGUGUAGGAAGUGAGGUUUAUCAUGGAUAUCAUUUAUUAUCUGCUGGAACUGAGGCCCUGCGUUAGCUACUGGGAUGCCAAGUAAGGGGCAGACAGUUCAGUGAGGAAAAAAGGCAUCUGCUCAAGUUUCCAGCUCAGUGGUUUCUGUUUGAACCACACACCAACCGAACCAGAAGUAAAGGCUAGAAUGGGGGUGGGAGGGCUAGGUCACUGUGCACCCGGGUACUGGAGGUGCUUCCUGGAAAGAAAAGCUUCAGAGAAACAGGAAAGAGCUCCGAGGAAUCUCCGUGGAAUGUCAGCCAAGGACUGGGACCCACCGCUCCCCCGGAGCUCUGCACAGCCACGUCAGCCUCUGGGCUAGAGGGUGGGGUGAGGGGGCAGGGUUGGUUGUGCUCCGCUCCAGUCUUCCUGUUCCCAAUUCUUUAAACACGUGCAUGUGUCUGAUGGUCUACAGACUUGAUUUGCACGUGUUUUCCCAGAAGGCAUUUUUAUGCCAGAAUCUAUAUCGCCUACCAGUCUUCACUUAGGGGCUUGUCAUCUGCCUCAUUGCAGACUUUUGCAGGGAUAAAUAGCAAGAGAAUAUUUGCAGAGCUUUUCAAGGGCUCCUUAAUUUUCUCAUAUUCUCACCGACCAGUAUGAAUUUGAGCAAGCUCACUUGUGGGAGGUGCAGACCCGCUGACCUUGCAUCCAUCCACCUGUGGAGCAGGCUCUGUGCAUCAAGGGACCGAGCUCAGAAAAGCCAACUCUUGCCUAAGUCACAGCACUGAUGCAGCAGGAAAUGCAAACUAAAAAUUUCAUUCAGGUACAAGAAAUACCUGCCCUGUACAAGGCAACUUAAAAACCGAAAGUAUGGGUGACUGCUGUGGCUCAGUGAGAAGGGUGCCGGCCCCAUAUAACAAGGGUGGCUGGUGGGUGGCGCCUGUGGCUCAGUUGGUAAGGCGCCGGCCCCAUAUACCAAGGGUGGCGGGUUCAAACCCGGCCCCGGCUGAACUGCAACCAAAAAAUAGCUGGGCGUUGUGGCGGGCACCUAUAGUCCCAGUUACUCGGGAGGCUGAGGCAGGAGAGUCGCUUAAGCCCAGGAGUUGGAGGUUGCUGUGAGCUGUGUGAUGCCAUGGCACUCUACCGAGGGCCAUAAAGUGAGACUCUGUCUCUACAAAAAAAAAAAAAAAGGGUGGCUGGUUCAAACCCAGACCUAGCCAAACUGCAACAAAAAAUAAAUAAAUACAAAAUAAAUAAAUAAAAAUGAAAGUAUUCCCUAUUUGUUUUUGUUUCUCUUUUCUUUUUUCUUUUUUUUUUUUUGAGACAGAGCCUCAAGCUGUUCCCUUGGGUAGAGUGCUGUGGCAUCACAGCUCACAGCAACCUCCAACUCCUGGGCUCAAGCAAUUCUCCUGCCUCUACCUCCCAAGUAGCUGGGAUUACAGGCGCAUGCCACAACUCCCAGCUAUUUUUUGGUUGCAGCCAUCAUUGUUGUUUGGCGGGCCCAGGCUGGAUUUGAACUCACCAGCUCAGGUGUAUGUGGCUGGCGCCUUAGCUGCUUGAGCCACAGGCGCCUAGCCAGUAUUCCCUAUUUGAAAGUAAAAACAGCUAAUCAAUAUGUGUGUUUUAUUAUUAUUAAUUGGCAACAAUUAAAGCAAUUGACAAGCAUGGAAUUCUUGUUCACUGUUAGCAGGAGUGAAAAUCGGCAUGGCCCUUCUAGGAGGCAACUUGGCCAUAUGCACCAAAAACCUGAACAAUGAUACACUGUUACCAGCAAUUUAUACAAGUGUGUAAACAUGAACCCAAGGAUGUAUUCCAUGAUGUUUAUAUUAAAACAUUGGAAACAGCCUGCAUAUCCUUCAGGAGAAGAUGAGUCAAAUAAAUCGUAUGCAACUGUCAUUAAAAAUUAUUUGGGUCAGUGUUUAUUGCCAUGGAAAUUUGUCCAUGAAGUAGAAUUGAAUGAAAAAACAGACUACAGAAUAGUACACUUAAUAUAAGUUGUUGAUAACGAAUGUUUUAACCCAAUGUGUGCUUUAUCAAGAGAGUUUUGCUAAAUGUUCAGGAUGGUCUCUUUCCCGGACUAUAAUAUUUGAUCUUUGCUUUCUAUAGAUUUUUACAUAUUUGAGAUUUUUUAAUAAUAUGCAUAUGUCAUUUUUUGUUAUUAGAGGGAAUAAAGCUAAUUUUACUUUGGAAAAAGAAAGGUAUUCUGUACUUUUCUACAUUAGUCUGCUGCUUGCUGAGCUGUGCCCUGGUGGCAGCUUCUGUCCCACUGCCCUUUCUCACUUUAAUCUUCCUGCCUCCGUGACUGAGGCUUCCAGAGGGAUCUUUCUGGUCACCCCUGAAUUUAGAAAGGAAAGGGCAACUCAAGGACAAACCUGGAGGUGCUGAGUACAAAAGGGUGGAGAACAGAUCAAGGUGCGCAGCUGAGAAUAUUUUGUCAUUAAACAUUAAUUGAUUUUGCUAAAAUCUUUUUAAAAAUUACCCUUCAGAUUUAUACUUACAAAUCCCUACUUCAAGAAGAUACCCACAGUUAAAUGAAAACAUCUAAGUUUUCUAUCAUAAAGUAUUCAGUCCCCAGACUUGUGCCCCACUACCCACGUUUAGCCUACGUAAAAUUUUUAACUUGCUGAAUUUAGUAGACUCUGGGCUGUAGUUAUUAUUUGGAAAUAAAACCUGCAACGGUCCAGAGGUGGGUGACUAGCUAGACACGUUGCUUUCCUGUGGCAGCAGAGAUGAGCCUCUGUAACAACACCAGUGAACUUCACAGUAACGCAUCAAUCACAGCAGGAAAUAGAGUGGCCUCCAGGGGCAGCAUCAAUUCCAGUGAGCUUUGUAGAGGGCCUGUUCUGUGGACACAGCUAAGUUGCCAAGUAUGUGAAUAUGACUUAAAAAAACACUUCCUGGGCAAAUCCAUCUAAAAGAUAAGUGAGUGUCAGUUUUCUAAAGCAUAAAACACGUAAAUUUUGUUCUUUUGAUACCAAAUUAAUGUUUUAGUUCUAGUUUGUGUUUCCUGAAAGAGAAAUGCAGGUGCUCCCAACUACCCUCACUGCAAAUAUUUCAGCAAAAGAGAAGUUAGGGAAUUUAAUACACAAAUACAAUGUAAGGUGGGGGCUUUUUCUAAACAGCUCAUUGGAGUGGGGGGUACUCUGAUGGUCAUCUUAAUCGCCUUAACCCCAUUAUUCA